UCGCGACUCACGCGCGUGUCCGUAUAAGUCACACACAAACUGCCUUGAACGUUCUGUACACGGGUCGCCCAGCAUCAUAUCCAGACAUACGCUGCACUACGAUACCAGUUUGAUCGAAUGUCCGGGCCCAGAAGUGACUUCACGCAUCCCAGCUCGUCCAAAGCAUCGCUACUAGCUGGAACACGCCAUUCCGAUGACUCCAUUGAUUCGCUCCGAAACCUCGAACUAUCAGACGGGCCAGUGCCGCCCAGUGAGCGACGCAGAUCGAUUUCACUUUCGGGAUUUGACUUUCAACGAGAUUUGCUACCGCUCAGUGCAAGUCUCAGCGAACCGGACAAUGUACAUGGAGAAGCAGUCGAGAAGAGUAUUGGUUUGAUACAAGGUAUCGGCCUGGUCGUAGGACUCCAGAUCGGGUCCGGGAUCUUCUCCUCUCCCGCGUUCGGAGCGAGUCUUGCCGUAUGGCUCGCGUCAGGGCUACUAGCAUGGACCGGCGCGAGCAGCUACGCAGAGCUUGGGCCUAUCUUGCCUACUGCCUAUGGGCCACUCGUCUCGUACCUUUUCGCUUGGACUGCCAUUUCCGCCCUUAAGCCAGGCUCGAACGCAGUAAUCAGUCUCAUCUUUGCAGAGUAUCUUAACCGACUUUUAUGGCACACUACUCGUGUCCAGGUAUCCCCAGAUGAAAUCCCCCCGUGGGCCAUCAAACUCACUGCGGUGGUAGCAGUCGUUCUCGUUGCUUUUAUCUGCGCGGCGACACGGAAUAUGGGCACGCGUGCUGCCGUCGUGUUCAUGAGUAUGUCCAUCACUAUAAUUGGUCUGAUACAGCUGAUACGAGGCCGGGUGUCAGAGUCCUUUAAGGAACCGUUGUUUGACGGCUCUAGCCAAAGUCCAUCCGAGUAUUCGCUAGCAUUGUACUCCGGGUUAUGGGCUUUCGAUGGGUGGGACCAGGCAAACUACGUCGGUGGUGAAAUGAAAAACCCGGAGAGGAACAUUCCAAGGGCCAUCCACUGGAGCAUGUUUAUCGUCAUUAGUCUCUUUCUGCUUGCAAAUAUUUCGUACCUGGUGGUCCUGGACAAGCAGACAGUUGGGCUGAGUAACACCGUCGCUUUGGAUUUUGGCCGUGCAUUAUUUGGACCUAUGGGAGGUAUGGUGUUCGCACUCAUGGUCGCUAUCUCUUGUUUCGGUGCCCUGAAUGGUACUGUCUUUACCUGUGCACGCCUGGUCGCAGUGGCAGGUCGUGAAGGAUACCUUCCUGCGAUGUUUGGAAAGCUACAUAAAUCACGCAAAACGCCCGUGAAUGCUAUCUCGCUCCAGGCCGGGUUGACAAUCGCGUUCAUCGUCGUUGGUGGCGGUUUCCGUUCAUUGAUAAAUUUUUCCGUUCUUGCUUCAUGGGCGUUCUAUUUUUUGACUGUCCUUGGGCUGGUGAUACUGCGGGUGAAAGAACCAAACCUCGAGAGACCGUACAGGACAUGGAUAGUGACACCACUGACCUUUUGCGCAGUGGCGCUAUUUCUGCUGUGCAUGCCGAUUAUUGCCGCACCACUGGAAGCCGCAGCUGUCCUUGGUUUCGUACUUGCCGGCGUGCCGGUAUACUACCUCACGAAUCAGGAUGAACAAGCCAAGCUACCAUUCCUGAUGAGUUUGGUUGGUUCUUGGAUCUCUCGGCUAUUUGGACAAUCGAGAGUCAGCGAUGGGUGGCAAGCGGUAUCGCAAGGCGACGAAGUGGAGAUGGCCCAAGAUGGCGAGACUUCACGCCUGACCAUAUGAAUUGAUCAUAUUAUUGCGAGUUCCAGAAAGGCUCUACAGUGCGGAACACUGGAGUAAGAUUCUUAUGUGCAUUUACAUACGUGCUGCAGUCUAUGGUUGCAGUUCUGCCGCAACUACAUUAUAGUGGAACCUGCGUGAAUUUUCGGGAUUGAUACGUUUCGCC